GACGCAUGCGUAGGAGCCAGCCGCCGCCGCCGCCACCGCCGCCGCCGCUUCAGCACCAGAGCCCGGACAGCGGCGCCGCCCACGGGCAUGGAAGGUGGUAGCGGCGGCAGCGGCAGCGGUCCGGCUCCCGGCCCGGAUCCGGAAGGGGAGCAGCGAUCCGAGGGGGAGCCCUUGGCUCCAGAUGACAACUCCCCGGACAGGUCUCAGAACAAGGCUGUGGCCCCUGAGGCAAGCCCAGAGAAAAGCUGCUCCCUCCAGAGCUGCCCCCUUGAUGACCCUUCCAGUUCUUCGGGACCCCCACCAGCAACUUCCACCCUCCAGCCUGUGGGCCUGUCCAACUCCUUGGCACCGGCCCACUUCACCUAUCCCCGGGCACCACAAGAAUACCGGGGGGGCAGUUCCCUGCCAGGGCUUGGGGACCGGGCAGCUCUGUGCUCCCAUGGCUCCAGCCUCAGUCCUUCCCCAGCCCCUUCACAGCGCGAUGGAGCCUGGAAGCCACCGUCUGUGCAGCACCACGUGGUCAGCGUCAGGCAGGAACGGGCCUUCCGAAUGCCAAAGAGCUAUUCCCAGCUGAUUGCCGAGUGGCCAGUGGCCAUGCUGCUGCUGUGUCUGGCUGUCAUCCUCCUCUGCACCCUGGCUGGACUGUUGGGGAGCGAGCUGCCUGACUUCUCCAAGCCCUUGCUGGGUUUUGAGCCUCGGGACACAGACAUUGGGCGCAAGCUAGUGGUCUGGAGAGCGCUGCAGGCCCUCACGGGCCCCAGGAAGCUGCUUUCUCUUUCCCCAGACCUUGAGCUGAACAGCUCAAACGCCCACACCACUCUGAGUCCCACACCCUUGAAUGGUGCCCCGGAGGGCAUGGUCCGGCCUCGGAGGAUGGUGGAGCCCCUGGAGGACAGAGGACAGGAGAGCUUCUUCUGUGGCCCCCCUGAGAAGAGCUAUGCACAGCUGGUGUUCAUGUCCACCUCAGCGGGCAGCCUGUGGAACCUGCACGCCAUCCAUUCCAUGUGUCGCAUGGAACAGGACCAGAUCCGCUCCCAUACCCACUUUGGGGCUCUGUGCCAGCGUACAGCAGCCAACGAGUGCUGCCCCAGCUGGUCCCUGGGCAACUAUGUGGCUGUGCUCUCCAACCGCUCCUCCUGCCUGGACACUACUCAAGCAGAUGCAGCCCGCACACUGGCCCUGCUGCGGGCCUGUGCCCUCUACUACCACCGCGGUGCCCUGGUGCCCUCUUGUCUGGGACCUGGGCAGGACAAGCCCCCACGCUGUGCCCAGGUUCCCACCAAGUGCUCCCGGAGCAGCGCUGUCUACCAACUCCUGCACUAUCUGCUGGACAAGGACUUCCUGAGUCCCCAGACUGCUGACUACCAGGUACCCUCCCUCAAGUACAGCCUGCUCUUCCUGCCCAUCCCAAAGGGUGCCUCCAUGAUGAGCAUCUACCUGGACCGCCUAGCCGCCCCCUGGGGGCUCUCUGACAACUACACAUCCAUCACUGGUAUGGACCUGGGCCUCAAGCAGGAGCUGCUGAGGCACUACCUGGCCCAGGACACGGUGUACCCCUUGCUGGCCCUGGCUGCCAUCUUCCUCAGCAUCGCCCUCUACCUGCGCUCCCUCUUCCUCACCUUCAUGGUGCUGCUGGGGGUGCUGGGCUCCCUGCUGGUUGCCUUCUGUCUCUACCGCGUGGCCUUCCGCAUGGCCUACUUCCCCUUUGUCAAUCUGGCAGCCCUCGUCCUGCUCAGCAGCGUCUGUGCCAACCACACCCUCAUCUUCUUCGACCUGUGGCGCCUUAGCAAGAGCCAGCUGCCCUCUGGGGGGCUGGCGCAGCGCGUGGGCCGCACCAUGCACCACUUUGGCUACCUGCUGCUGGUCUCGGGGCUCACCACGGGCGCGGCCUUCUACGCCAGCUACCUGAGCCGCCUGCCGGCCGUGCGCUGCUUCGCCCUCUACACGGGCACGGCUGUGCUGGCGCACCUGGCGCUCACGCUCGCCUGGCUGCCCUCCUCCGCGGUGCUCCACGAGCGCUACCUGGCGCGCGGCUGUGCGGCCCGGGGGCAGGCUCCGUGGGGUGGUAGCGCGCCCCGGCGCCUGGCGCUGGCGCUGCACCGGCGGCUCCGCGGCCUUCGGAGGGCGGCGGCCAGCACUUCGCGCCUGCUCUUCCAGCGCCUGCUGCCCUGCGGCGUCAUCAAGUUCCGCUACAUCUGGAUCUGCUGGUUCGCCGCGCUGGCGGCAGGGGGCGCCUACAUCGCGGGCGUCAGCCCCCGCCUGCGGCUGCCCACGCUGCCGCCGCCGCGCGGCCAGGUCUUCCGGCCGAGCCACCCCUUUGAGCGCUUCGACGCCGAGUACCGCCAGCAGUUCCUAUUCGAGCGGCUGCCUCAGGGCGAGGGCGGCCACAUGCCCGUGGUUUUGGUGUGGGGCAUCCUACCCGUGGACACUGGCGACCCCCUGGACCCUCGCAGCAACAGCUCAUUGGUGAGUGACCCUGCCUUCUCGGCCAGCGGCCCUGACGCCCAGCGCUGGCUGGUGGCACUCUGCCACGGAGCUCGCAAUCAGAGCUUCUUUGGUGCCCAGCCGGAGGGCUGGCCCACUCUGUGCUUCGUGGAGUCCCUCCAGCGCUGGAUGGAGAGUCCUGGUUGUGCCCGCCUGGGGCCUGGCCUCUGCUGUGGCCACUCAGGCUUCCCCUGGGCACCCCAGCUUUUCGUGCACUGCCUCAAGAUGAUGGCUCUGGAGCAAGGCCCCAAUAGCACACAUGACCUGGGACCCCGCUUCAAUAGCCAGGGCAGCCUGGCCGCCCUGGUCCUGCAGUUCCAGACGAACUUCCAGUAUAGUCCAGACUACAGCCAGACCCACCUCUUCUACACUGAGGUCAGCCACUGGCUGGCAGUGGAGCUGAGCAGGGCGCCUCCCGGCCUCCGCCGGGGUUGGUUCACCAGCCGUCUGGAGCUGUACAGCCUACAGCACAGCCUGAGCACCGAGCCUGCUGUGGUGCUGGGCUUGGCUCUCGCUCUGGCCUUUGCCACACUGCUGCUGGGCACCUGGAAUGUUCCACUUAGCCUGUUCUCUGUCGCGGCUGUGGCAGGCACUGUGUUGCUCACCGUGGGGCUCCUGGUUCUACUCGAGUGGCAGCUCAACACUGCCGAGGCCCUCUUUCUCUCUGCCUCUGUGGGCCUCUCGGUAGACUUCACUGUCAACUACUGCAUCUCCUAUCACCUGUGCCCGCACCCUGACCGCCUGAGCCGCGUGGCCUUCUCACUGCGCCAGGCCAGCUGUGCCACGGCAGUGGGGGCUGCAGCCCUAUUUGCUGCUGGCGUGCUCAUGCUGCCUGCCACGGUGCUGCUCUAUCGCAAGCUGGGCAUCGUCCUCAUGAUGGUGAAGUGUGUCAGCUGUGGUUUUGCCAGCUUCUUCUUCCAGUCUCUCUGCUGUUUCUUUGGACCAGAGAAGAACUGUGGGCAGAUCCUCUGGCCCUGUGCCCACCUGCCGUGGGACACCGGAACUGGGGAGCCUGUUGGGGAGAAGGCAAGCCGUCCACGACCAGGGCCAGUGGGAGGGGCGCCCGGGUCCUGCUCAGAGCAGUACGAGCUACAGCCCCUGGCACGUCGCCGGAGCCCUAGCUUUGACACUAGCACAGCCACCAGCAAGCUGUCCCACCGGCCCUCAGUGCUCUCUGAGGAUCUACAGCUGCAUGAUGGCCCCUGCCUCUCCCGGCCCCCACUGGCCCCUGCUUCCCCAAGGGAGCUGCUCCUGGACCACCAGGCAGUCUUCAGCCAGUGCCCAGCCCUGCAGACCUCCUCCCCCUAUAAGCAGGCAGGCCCCAGCCCCAAAACCCGGGCCAGGCAGGUCUCCAAAGGGCAGAAGGCUGAGCCCAUGCAAGCCUCACCAGAAGCCCCAGCCCACUCUCCCAAGCCCAAGGCUGCAGAGCCCCCUGAUUGCCUCUGCUCCUCAGCCAGCACCCUAGAGGGGCUCAGCGUCUCCGAUGAGACCUGCCUAAGCACCUCUGAGCCCAGUGCUCGUGUACCGGAUUCCGUGGGUGCCUCCCCAGAUGACCUGGAAGAAACUGAGCACACGGUACCUGAGCGGGGCCAGCUGAACGAGAAGCGGGACACCCUCUGGCUGGCGCUGAAGGAGUCUGUGUAUGAUCCAUCACUGCCCGCCUCCCACCAGAGCAGCUCCUCCUGGAAGGGCCGUGGGGGGCCAGGGGAUGGCAGCCCCGUGGUGCUGCCCAACAGCCAGCCAGAUCUGCCUGACGUUUGGCUGCGCCGGCCCAGCACCCACACUUCAGGCUGCAGUAGCUGAGGGAGGCCCAGGGAGGCCAGACUGGGGCCAGACCUGUCAGGGAUGACAAGGCAGGGGUGGCACCAGGCUGGAGCCUGAUGGUGUUUCCCCACGUCAGCAUAGAGAGGUCUCACUCUCCAGCUGUGGCUUUUAAACCCUGCGAGAUGUUCCAGCCUUGGUCUGGGCUGCUGCUUACUCCUCACAUCCGGAGGAUUCAGCAGAGACGGUCUUUGGAGGGAAACACCAAGCUCUCCUUGUGACCUGCUUGAGGGCUCAUCUGCCCCCCACAGUACCAAACAGGACUCACCCUCUGGAAGGGAGAAGGCCAGAUGUGUAGCUCCAGGUAUCAGGGGAGGCUGACUUGGCCCCCACACCAAGUGGCAAGACGUUCAGUGGGACUAAGGGAGCCAGUCCUUGGGAACCUGCCAGGCACUUAGCAACCAGAAGAGCCCUUGGGAACCUCAGCAGCCUCCUGGGCCUCACACCUUUCAAGGGCUCUCUAUCAGGGCACUUUAUUCUCUUUGGGGAGCUUCUCUGGGCCAGAACUGCCCUGCCCCCCUCACCCUCCCCAGUCUGACCGGAAAUUCAUCAAGGCCGGGCAAAGAUGGCUGCUGGGAGUGAGGCAGGAGGAGGGAUGGGCAGCCUCAGAGCAUCCCCAAACUGCAGAAGGAUCCCUCGUUGGGAGCAGGCUCCAGUGCUCUCCUCUGUUAACAGUCAAGAAUCCUUGACGAGCCUGCACCUUUUAGUUCACAGAACACUUCCACAGGCAUCGUCUCCUGGGAAUCUCACCCCACCCGUGUGGAGUGGUCUGCAGUUGCCAGGUUCUUUUGCCCCCAAUUUACAGGUGGAGAUGUUGAGACUGAGUGCAGUAAAGUGGUUUACCCAGUCAUAUGACUAGUAAAUGGCAGAGCAGGUUCCCUGACUCCUUUCACUGCUACAACUCCCACUCUCCUGCUGCCUACCUGCCUCAGGGACAUUGGGCUGUGGCUGUCUUGAUCUUUCACUUCUAGGACCUUCCUGCAACCUCCUCGGGUGUCUCUGAGUAAAGUCCCCUCCCUCCCUCUUUAGGCCUCCAUCUCCAGACAGGGCUAUACUCUGGCCAAGCCCCAGGUUCCUCCCCACCUCCCCUGUGCUCCCUGUGCCUCCCCCCAGAUCUGGCGGAGAUGCCCACCAGCCAUGAGGCAUCCGGGCUGAUCUGAUUCCCUGGAUCAGAGGCAGGGGUGUGCCUCUUGCAUGGCCACAGUGAUGGUGAGUCACUGCCAGGAGGGGCAGUGAGGAGCAGUAGAAGUUGAGCAGAGUCAGUUAAGGCAGGAACUCAGGCCUGCCCUUUUGGGGAGUAGGAAAGUCUGAAGCUGUUCCCCACGUCAGGGUCCCUGGCUUGUCUGGGACAAGUCUCUGUGGGGGCACUCAGCAGACCAAAGGCUGACUCCCCGUCCCCAGUCCCCAAAGCAGAGAGUCUUUCUGGAAGGUUUUAUCCCGUGUGAGAGCUCAUGACACUUGCAGCAUCAGCAAGUUUACUGAACACCUACUGUGCAUAUGGGACUAUAAGGGGACAGAGGUGUAGAAGGCAAAGCAAACAUCUGCCUUCAAGGAGCUCACCCUGUAGCUGAGGAAGCAGCUCACACGUGCAUGCAGCCAUCGAUGGGUGUUGAUGGCACCAUGCAGUGCGUGCUAAGGGCCAUAUGCCUGUUACCGUUAGUAUUGCUGGAGCUCAAGUACCCAGGACUAGGUAACAAGGAAGGCUUCCUGGAGGAGGAACAACUUGAGCUGGGCUUCGGAAGUCCAAGUAUCUCAGACUGGAAGGGACCUUAAAGAUCAUCUUUUCCAGCAGAUUUCAAACUUUGUAGCCUCAGGACCCCUUCUUCAAAGAAUCCUUGUGUGAAAACACAGUAUAUAAAACAGAUAAAAAGCAGCUAUUCCAGGGGGUACAGGGUUGGGGAGUGCAGAGCCAGCUCAGUCUCCCUUUCUACUGCACCUCUCAGGGGGCCCUGGGGAACCCCUCAAGCUCCUGGAGGCUCCUGAGAACAUGGUAUGAAAACCUCUGACCCAGGCCGUUUACAGAUGAGUAUCCCAGAGGGGAAGGCAUUCUUCUAGGGCUAAACAGACAGUCUGUGGCAGAGAUGGAGGCAAAUCAGGGGGUGUUCUGGGGUUUUUUUUCCCAAUAUUGUGGAGACCUACCUCCCACUCCAAGUAGCCCAUGAGAAGUAGGGCAGAAUCCUAAAUGAGACCAAGGAGUUGUGGAAGAGACAGAAGUCCGUGGGUAGGAAUGACGGGCUACUUUGCAAAAUAAGUAAGUCAAAGGCAUUUGCUUCCUGACACCGGGAAGACGAGGCAGUGACUAGGCCCUAACUUGGACCUGCCCUCCUGGAGGUCUGCCAGGACCUCUCUCUCUUCAUGUCCAGGUGGAAUUCAGCCUCUCUGGCCUAGGGCUGCUCAUCAGGGUCCUGACUUCUCUGCACUGUGGACUGUGUCCUGUUAUCACACAACCAGGCCGAGGGAGCACUGGUCUCAUUUGGGACAAUCACCUAGAGGGAGGACAAGGUGAGCCCUUCCUCCUGAGCAUGAGCAGAAGUCUGGCCUUGACUCAAAAGAGAAUCCACCAUCUUAGUUGCUUCCCAGCAACUCACUGAGGGUCCUCUGCCCCGUGUUGUGGGAGGGCAGCAGGCACCUGGACAAAAAGAACCUGUUCCUCCACACGCUCUUUUAUGUCUUGUAAAGGAAGAUGUUGGUAUCUGGGACUGGAGCUUCAAAAACUUUGCCUGAACACCACCACUGACAUGUAGAGUACAGGGGGUGGGUGGGGUGGGCAUCAGGAUUAGGGCACACCUGAGGACCCUUCUCGGGGAUUUCUGGGUCCCAUUCUUGCAGGCCAUGGCCACACAACCCUACAGGAAGAGGUACCAACUGGAUUUGUUCUUUACACUGCCGGGCCCAAAGGACUGGAAGAGCCCAGUGGUAAUCGAAAACAUCCUCUCACACCUCGAUGGCCCAAACCAACUGCAGGCAACCCACAUCAGUGGGUAAUCCAGCCCACCUCUCUAGUCUCAACUUUGGAAAGCAGGAUUUAAAGCAUUUUCAAUUUCCUUUGAGUUUCAGGAGAGCCAUUCGCUUUAUUGUUAUUAUGGGUGGUUACAAAGAGUGUAUGACCCUGGAUUCAUGUGGGGAGAGGCUUCAACGCAUGCUGUGAGGCAGGGGAAAGCCAGUCAGAGCAUUCAUGUUUGCUCUGGAAAAUUCAAGAAAUGGUUUCUUAACGCGGAGACACUUUAGAAAAUAGAACUACAUUAACACUAAUUUGGGACUUGAGGUCCUUUCUCCUAUUUGUGCCCCAGAUCCUUGAACUCACAGAGUAUGGACUCACAGAGUGUGAGUAUGUGUGCUGUAUGUUUUUAAUAUGUAACUUGGUAUCGUUUGUUACUAUAGGAAAACCCAUCCUUCCAAGGCUGUGGCCCUUUGGUGACAAUGUUAGAGAUUUGUUUGACUGGCAGAAUCUUAGAUUUGAGUGAAACAUGGCAUAUCCCAUAAAGUGGUAUAUUAGUGGUAUAUUAGCGGUAAUUAGUGAUCCUAAUUCUGAAAAAGGCAUCCCACAAGAGAUUUAUAAGCCAAACUUCCUCAGCCCCCUCCAACCCAUCAUCUCCCAGUGCUUGACAGGACAGGGAGGCAGGUUAGGGUGUCAGGAAAGAGGAUACGUUGGUUUAUAGUCUUCACCUGUUGUCCAGAGAGUUUCUGGUCUUUUCUUCCAUGGUGUCCUUUUCUCAGCUUUUGAUAAUACACGUGGGCAAUGACAAGCUCUCUGGCACCCCAUGCCAUGCAUCAGGAUCCCAUUUGCUUGGGGAUACGAAAAACAGACAUUCCUUACCCUUUCUGCCCUCACCCUUGUUCACAGGGACGACUGUAACUCAAGGUCUGGAGGUGUUUUUGCUUAAGAGAAGAAACUGUAACUCAGUUCACUGGGAAGAUGAGAAACAAAAGAAAGCCACUAUGUGCUGUGUAAACAGGUGGCUGUCUAAAGCCACCCUGUGCGGAAGAGCCCUGGAAGGACCUUGAUAAACUUAGAAUUAUUAUAA